AAAUGAGUGCUGCUGCCAAUCGAAGUAAAAGAGUAAUUAAACCUCCAAGAAACAUCAGCCCUGAAACAACUCCAACAAAGCGGAAAAAAGCGUCCUCAGUGACUAAUGAACAUGCAACAAAGAAGACUCCAGAGACACAAAGCAUUGUGAAGGCAGAGGUGAAGGUGGAAACCGUCGUUGUUGCUGUUGAGACAGAGGAAGUGAUCGUUGAUAGUCAAGAGAGAUUUUCCACAGAGACCCAGGACAAGAUACCCAUCUUCAAAGAUCCCACAUUUGUCCAUUCAACCAAAGGAAAUGCAGGAAGUAAGAAAUCGAGAGUGUGGAAGAACUUGAAACAAAUUGUCACAGCAGAGAAAUUGUUACCGUGGAAACCUGAUGAUGUAACAUAUGGCUCUAUUGAUGCUCCACCUUCCUUUAAACCUGCGAAAAAAUAUUCUGACAUAUCUGGACUUCCAGCUUACUAUACAGAUCCAGAGACAAAACUGAGGUAUGCAACAGCGGAAGAAUUUUCUCGGAUUAGAAUGAUGACAGGUGAUGUAGUCUCAGGGUGUCUGGCUCUGCGGCGGGCCACCACUGUAGUGCCCUGAAUACCACUGUAAUACCCUGAAGAUCACUGUCAUACCCUAACAACUACUGUGAGACCCUAAACACCUCUGAAGUACUACACUCUGAACUCCAUGAUAUUGAUUUACAAAACUAAUAGAAAGAUGAAAGCAUCUAGGUAUUAAUAAAAUGGGAAUCACUCUGACUUAAGUGUGGAAUUAAUUAAUAGAGAGAAUGCUUGGAAGUAGAAAAAAACAGACUUGGUUUGUAGAUUUAAAUUUUAGGAAGUUUUAAUGAACAAUGGAUGCUGAAUGUGUAAUUGUCUUUACAUGUAUGUGUAUUGAAUUGGGUUUGUAAAUAUGUGUUAGUGUACACAACACUUAUUGAACACUUACUGAUUUAUUUAUUCAUACAUCUAUUUUGUAUAAUAAAUAAUUAUUUCUUUU